AUGUCUCAGCUUAGUUACGCCCGCUAUGGCAAGGACAAUGUCCGCCUCUACAAGGUCGAUAAGGAUCCUAACACCGGCAUCCACAAGGUUGUUGAGCAAACAGUCUGCGUUCUACUCGAGGGAGAUAUCGAGACUUCCUACACUAAAGCAGACAACUCUGUGGUAGUUGCGACCGAUACGCAAAAGCAAACAACAUACAUCCUCGCCAAGCAAAACCCCAUCGACCCGCCCGAGCAAUUUGCUGCCAUCAUUGGCAACCACUUUGUCAAGACCUACCCUCACAUUCACGCCGCCCACGUCAAGAUCGUCCAGCACCGAUGGACGCGCAUGACUAUCGACGGAAAAGCACACCCACACUCCUUCUUCCGUGACGGCGAAGAGACCCGCGUAGUCGAGUCAGUAACUCGCGAAAACGAGGGUGUCUCUAUCCGAUCCAAGAUUGAGAAGCUCCUUGUGCUGAAGAGCACAGGAUCAGCAUUCCAUGGCUUCCACCGCGAUGAGUACACGCGCCUACCUGAGACAUGGGACCGUAUUUUGAGCACAGAGAUUGAGGCUGGCUGGCAAUGGAAGUUGUUCAAGAACCUAGAUGAGGCCAAGGCCGUGGACUUCAACGCUGCAUGGAAGGCGGCCAGGGACAUUACCCUCAAGGUCUUUGCCGAGGAUGACAGCGCCAGUGUACAGGCGACUAUGUACAAAAUGUGUGACCUGAUCUUGGCCGCUGUUCCCCAGGUCGAGGCUGUGGACUAUGCGCUGCCCAACAAGCACUACUUCGAAGUUGACCUCUCAUGGCACAAGGGCAUCAAGAACACCGGCAAGGAUGCUACUGUCUUCGCUCCUCAAUCAGACCCCAACGGCCUCAUUCAGUGCACCGUCACCCGCAAGGGCACCAAGUCGAAGCUGUAG